CUAUACAUUACUACACUAUGUAUACUAUGUAUGCUUUUCCAGAGAGUCUGUUGUGAAACCUCAUAUAAAUACGUUAUUAGCAUAAAUCGUUCUGAACAGUCAGAAAUGAAGCCGCAACCAGGACGGAUCGUGAGGAGCAGUUCGCCGAGCUGGGUAUUUGCAUUGCUGCCUUUGAUGAUCGAUGCAGUUUGCGGGAGAGCUCAGUAUGCAUCACCUUAUGGCAAUGCUUAUGCAAUAAGCACAUCCAACUACGCCCAAUCCAACUACGCCAAUCCAGAUGUGCAAUCGCUAUGGUCGGGUCCUCCCAUCGUAGUGAAUGAUAAUCAGUAUGGUGCCCAGGAACAGCAGCAGUAUCCAAAAAGCAAUGUAUAUUACGGCGGUGAACCAUAUCCAAAUUGGAGGAGGAGAGAGGAGUCAGCACGUGCUCCCAAUCACAACUACAACAAUGUGCCGGGCUACUUUUACUAUCAACAACAGGAGACUACACCCUCAACACCACUGCGAUAUCCCCAAUCUAUACCACCUCAGCUCCAGCCAUAUCCGCAAAGAAAUCCGGAAUUGGAUACCAGCGAUUCGCGGCGCGAGGAGGAGGAGGAGGAGCAAGUGGUGCAAAUUGGCGGCAGUCGCUCCCUGGCCACAAAUAACUAUCAAAAUACGUACAAUAAUAACGAGAAUUUCUAUGAGCCCGCUCAGCCCUGGCGGCGUCGUGAUUUCCAGGCCAAAUAUGCCCAACAUUUCGCCGAAUAUUUGCGUAAAUAUCCAAGACGCCUGCAGCCAGUUUACAGCACCAGCGAAGAUUUCGAUGAGAAGUAGGAGGCAUUUACCCUGAAUUUUACCCUGCACAAAUAGCAAAUAUCAAAUUGAAUAAAUCCCCUCAAGAGCCAUUAGGCUUUUCGUUGAAAGCGUGC